GGAAGCCCUUGUUUCUUAUUCUCCUUUUGCUGAUAUUGUGUAUUUUUCUCGAACCUCAGAUUUCUAGAAACAGGCACCGCCAAACAGUGGCCAGAAGCAGCCUGGGAUAGAAGUCAGACACCCAGCACCAGCCUGGCAUUUCCUAACAAUGGCAGCCGAGAGAAAGCCAUUCCAGAUGCCAGUCACUUACGAGGAUGUGGCAGUGAAUUUCACGCUGGAAGAGUGGGAGUGCCUGAGUCCCAAUCAGAAGAGCCUUUACCAGAAAGUGAUGGAAGAAACCUUCAAGAACCUGACAUUUGUGGAUUGUAACACCGUGAAAAAAGGACAAGAACACAGGAUGUCAGGCCUCUACCUCCCAAAGACAAGAGGAGGCAAGAAAUCUCGAAAACGUAGCCCAAGUGUGAAAGAUGAGGACAGUGCUAAAGAGCCGUCUCCUCCUUGCGCAGGGGUAUUCCAAGGUGGGCCACUGCUUUUCUGCCUGACCUGUGGCAAAUGCUUUACCAAGAACAUCCACCUCCUCCAUCACCAGUUUUCUUUGCUGUCCCAGAAGACCACUAGCCGCAAAGGCCCUGGCUGCAAGCGUCGUGGAGAGAGGCCUUACUUUUGCAAUCUCUGUGGCAAGACUUACUGUGAUGCUUCCGGACUGAGCCGGCACCGACGCGUCCAUCUAGGUUAUAGGCCCCGCCCGUGCCCCGUGUGUGGAAAGGGCUUCCGGGAUCAGUCUGAGGUCAAACGCCAUCUGAAGGUACACCAGAAGAAGAAGCCAGUGGCUGGCAACCAGGCGCGUACUGUUCCACCUGCAGCACCCGGAUCCGGAGCGCCCACCCUCAGGCUUGUAAAAGUGAUCCAGGGACCUGUGGCCAGGGCUAAGGCACGGAACAGCAAGGCCUCCUCCUCCCAGGAUGCCAGAACCAACGCUGUUCCUGGGAGGCGCUCAAUAGAAAAGGCCUCUUGCCCGUAUUGCCACACAAGUUUUGUCACGAAGACUUCUUUCUUAACCCACCUCAAAUCCCAUCUCCAAAAUCAACCGAGCCAGUCCACCUGUAGUGAAGAGUCCUCCCAGUCACCUAGCACAUCCAGGAAGCAAGCGAUCUACUGCUGCCCUAUCUGUGACAUCUGCUUUAACGGAAAGGGACGCCUACUGGAUCACUUAUGCGAAAAAAGAUUGGGCAGAUUCGGUAAAUGCUGGGAAACCCUGGGUCAUUUACUUGGCUUUCUUCAUGACCCCGUGGUGCAAGGACAGACUUCACAAGUAAAGCAAUCCUCCCGGGGGCGGGGCGGGGGAAGGAAAAGCGGAAAAGAUGAAGACAAGAAGACAUACAGAUGA